UUAAACCCUCAAAACCUCGAAGCCAAACACUGAACAACCGAAAAGCUAUCCAUCCACUCGAAGCAGAAAGUGCAGUUAACAAUGGCUUCAAACGCCUCAAUUCUCACCCGCAAUUCUCUGUUAUCAUUACGGUUCGUGGGGUUUCCCCGAUUACCCAUUUCACAAAUCCAUACCCGGACCCGAAUUCACCCAAACCCAUCUCAUACAACCCGACCCGGACUGUCUUCUUCUUCUUCUUCUUCUACUACUACUACUACUACUAUCAGUUCUUCAACUCAUGGAUUGAAAAGUUUGUAUCUUUCUGAUAUUGGGCCUAAACGGUUAGUUUCUAGCAGUAAUUUUCAGUUGUCAGCGGUUUCAGGCGACGGAAGUGGUGGUUAUGGAGGUUCUGGUGAUGGAAAUUCAAGUGGUGGUGACAAUGGCAGUACCAGUGGUGGUGGUGGUGAGGGUGGGAAGAACUGGUCAUUGCUUGCCUGGUACUUAUCUCUUCUGGAGAAAUAUCCAGUAUGGACAAAAGCAGUUACAUCUGCAUUGUUGACACUUUUUGGAGAUCUAAUCUGUCAGCUAUGGAUUGACCAAGUAGCAUCUGUGGAUGUAAAGAGGACGUUUCUAUUCACAUUCUUGGGGUUUGUUUUGGUUGGUCCAACUUUGCACUUUUGGUACCUCUACCUGAGUAGAUUGGUCACAACUCCAGGGGUCGCUGGUACUCUCAUGCGUCUUGUACUAGAUCAGUUCCUUUUUGCUCCAAUUUUUGUUGGAGUUUUCUUAUCCUCUUUGGUAACACUUGAGGGAAGGUCAUCACAAUUGAUUCCAAAGCUUCAACAGGAGUGGGUCUCAUCUGUCCUUGCAAAUUGGCAACUCUGGAUACCUUUUCAGUUUUUCAACUUCCGGUUUGUGCCUCAGCAAUUUCAGGUCCUUGCGGCUAAUUUCAUUGCUUUAGUGUGGAAUGUCAUACUGUCAUAUAAAGCCCACAAAGAAGUUAUUGUAAAAUAGUUAUAUCAAUGUUUCUUUUAAACUAGUGUCAUUUUUGACUUCCAUUACAUGGGAUAAAUGAUUUACUUACUGAAGAAAAAGUAAAAUGAAAUUGUUUCUUAUCAGAAGAAGUAAGUUAUCUCUUGGACGUACUUCAUUGUAGGAGUGUACAAUUGAUCAAUGGCUUCAAGUGUCAGAGAA